CCGGCCACGCUGGCGCCCGGGGACCCCCCCGAGAUGCCGGUGAGGAGCGAGCGGUGCCGCGCUGGCGGGGCAGCGGCGGGCUCGGCCUCGUCGUCCUCCUCCGCUUCGCCGCCGCCCGGAGCGGCCGCCAGCAGCUUGGUGCCGCCGCCCCCCAUCAACACGGCGCAGCCCGGCGUGGCCACCUCGCUGCUGUACAGCGGCGCCAAGUUCCGCGGGCAGCAGCGCAGCAAGGGCAAUGCCUACGAGGUGGAGGUCGUCAUGCAGCAUGUGGAUAUGGAAAACUCCUAUCUCUGUGGAUACUUGAAGAUUAAAGGCCUUACAGAGGAAUAUCCAACCCUCACCACUUUCUUUGAAGGCGAAAUAAUCAGUAAGAAACACCCUUUCUUAACACGCAAGUGGGAUGCUGAUGAAGAUGUGGAUCGGAAACACUGGGGAAAGUUCCAAGCUUUUUACCAGUAUGCAAAAACAUUUAACUCUGAUGACUUUGACUAUGAGGAUCUGAAAAAUGGGGACUAUGUCUUCAUGAGAUGGAAGGAGCAGUUCCUAGUCCCAGAUCACACCAUCAAAGACAUCAGCGGUGCUUCCUUUGCUGGUUUCUAUUACAUCUGCUUCCAGAAGUCAGCAGCAUCUAUAGAGGGCUAUUACUACCAUAGGAGUUCAGAAUGGUAUCAGUCAUUGAAUUUAACUCACGUUCCUGAGCACAGUGCUCCUAUCUAUGAAUUCCGAUGACAGCUGUCCGGAACUGGUACCACACAGAAGCAAACUGGGCAGGAGAGCAUGGCCUGCCAGGAGAACUGUGUCCCUGUCGGAGCACGGGAAUGCUUCUCUCCUGCCCCUCGGACUCGCGAGACAGAGCCUGAAUGUAAAACUCACCCAGCCCAAGGAGCGUGGCUGCUGGAGCUUGAUUCUCCCUCCUGUCGAGUGGCGAUUUGAUCUUUAAUCUGGUUUUUGAGCUACCUUUAAAUGCACUUUCUUAUUGCACAGUUAGUUUCUCUAUCACUGAAGCUCUUCCCGGCUCUCCUUUGGAAGCUGUUUCCUCAGUAGCUGGAAUCAGUGGUUUGCCCUCUGAGUAAUAAGAAAACACAAGCUGGGUGCUUUCUAUUUUCAUUCUUCCAGCCUCAAGAUGGGUUGAAAUCGCCAGGACUCAGGUUUGUUGCCCAGAUUGCUGCUCCCACAGCCGGGUCCUGUGUGCCUGGGGGGGCUCUGCUCGCCUGCAGUGUGUUGGGGGAGCAUUGGCUGAGGCAGAUAAGGCUGGAAUGAGUCUUUGCUUUGUGCUGGCUGAGGAGGUUAGCCAGAGCUGCAGAUCUUUCAGGAAUGCCAGCCCUUUGGAGCUGGGAGCUCUUCCAGUGUCUGGAUAAGCCACUGGGAAUUAAUUUGAUGUAUGGACUUCCAGGCUCUCAGUAAAGUGGAUCUGAACUCU